AGUUCAACAUUAACUUGCAGGGGUCAGGAUAGUCUCUCAGAGUCCCAGGGGCUGACACGCUAUGGCGCACAUCCGAGGCCUGCGGCUACUUGGCUGCCUGGCCCUGGCUGCCCUGUGUAGCCUUGUGCACAGCCAGCAUGUGUUCCUGGCCCCUCAGCAAGCGCUGUCGCUGCUCCAGCGGAGCAGGGUCCGCCGUGCCAACAGUGGCUUCCUUGAGGAGGUACGCAAAGGCAACCUGGAGCGGGAGUGCUUCGAGGAGCUGUGCAGCUACGAGGAGGCUUUCGAGGCUCUGGAGUUGUCCAGCACCACGGAUGUAUUCUGGGCCAAGUACACAGCUUGUGCAUCAGUGAGGAAGCCACGAGAAAAGUUCAAUGAAUGUAUGGAAGGUAACUGUGCUGAGGGUCUGGGUGUGAACUACCGAGGGCAUGUGAACUUUACCCAUUCAGGCAUCGAGUGCCAGCUAUGGCGGAGUCACUACCCACAUAAGCCUGAAGUCAAUUCCACCAGCCAUCCUGGGGCUGACCUACAGGAGAAUUUCUGCCGCAACCCAGACGGUAGCACCACAGGACCCUGGUGCUAUACUACAGACCCCACAGUACGGAGGGAAGAGUGCAGCAUCCCUGUCUGUGGCCAAGAGCAUUCCACUGUCAAGACGACUCCUCGCUCCAGAGGCUCCAGUCUGAAAGAGUCACCUACACAGGAGCAGUGCAUCCCUGAUCGGGGCAAGCAGUACCAGGGACGCCUGGCCGUGACCACACAGGGGUCCCCCUGCCUGUCCUGGGCCAGCACAGAGGCCAAGGCUCUAAGCAAGGACCAAGACUUUAGCCCAGAGGUGCCACUGGUGGAGAACUUUUGUCGUAACCCAGAUGGGGAUGAGGAGGGUGCAUGGUGCUAUGUGGCGGAUAAGCCUGGUGACUUUGAGUACUGCGAUCUCAACUACUGUGAUGUGGCUAUGGAAGAGGAAGGAGAUGAGCUGGACCCGGAAACAGCCAUUGAAGGGCGUACCACCACCAGUGAGUUCCAGACCUUCUUCAAUCCGAAGACCUUUGGUGCCGGGGAGGCAGACUGUGGGCUGCGGCCUCUGUUCGAGAAGAAGUCGGUGAAGGACAAAACAGAAGACGAACUUCUGGAGUCCUACAUAGAGGGGCGCAUCGUGGAGGGCUCGGAUGCAGAGAUGGGUAUUGCGCCCUGGCAGGUGAUGCUUUUCCAGAAGAGUCCUCAGGAGCUAUUGUGUGGAGCUAGCCUCAUCAGUGACCGUUGGGUCCUCACUGCUGCCCACUGCCUCCUGUACCCACCGUGGGACAAGAACUUCACUGAGAAUGACAUUCUGGUGCGCAUUGGCAAGCACUCCCGUACCAGGUACGAGAGAAAUAUUGAAAAGAUCUCCAUGCUGGAAAAGGUCUACAUCCACCCCAGGUACAACUGGCGGGAGAACUUGGACAGGGACAUUGCCUUGCUGAAGCUCAAGAAGCCCAUCACCUUCAGUGACUACAUUCGCCCCGUGUGCCUGCCUGACAAGGAGAUAGUAGCCAGGUUGUUCCGUGCUGGAUACAAAGGGCGAGUGACAGGCUGGGGCAACCUGAGGGAGAAGUGGACACCCGGCACUGAAGAGGGGCAGCCCAAGGUCCUGCAGGUGGUGAAUCUGCCCCUCGUGGAGCGGCAGGUCUGCAAGGCCUCCACCCGGAUUCGCAUCACUGACAACAUGUUCUGUGCUGGUUACAAGCCAGAUGAAGGGAAACGAGGGGAUGCUUGUGAAGGUGACAGUGGGGGACCCUUUGUCAUGAAGAGCCCCUAUAACGACAGAUGGUAUCAAAUAGGCAUUGUGUCAUGGGGUGAAGGCUGUGACCGGGAUGGGAAAUACGGCUUCUAUACGCACGUGUUCCGCCUAAAGAAGUGGAUACAGAAGGUCAUUGAUCGGUUUGGAGGCUAGAAGGCCACUCACAUCCUGAUCUCCUCACUGCAAAAAUCACAGUAAUCCAGUGGAGGAAUUAUUUUGUGGUUUGUUUCUAGAACUAUAGUUCCCAAUAAAAGUGACUCUUUUCUCAAUGA